AUGGUCCGCGCCGCCUUCUCUGGCACCUUCAUCUACCUCCUCACCAAGGACAUGUCCAGCGGCGAGGUCCAAUCCACACUCAAGCUGAUCCGCAAUAAUGGCGGAACAACUGUCAACGACCCGAUGGUCGACUACCUGACACAUGUCGUGGUCCGUGUCCCGACGGGCAUACCUAGACGCAAGAACCUCGAGCGCCAUGUCUGGCCGAUGCGUCUCCCCGAACGCUUAAACGACUGGGAUUUCGACUCGGUAGUCUCGACCUUUACACUCUUGGAUGGGCCCGCCCGCUUGGACAGACGGGGACAGAUGCGCUCCGUCGCGGUCGUCCAGGAGCAGUGGCUGCGAGACAGCCUGGACAAGGGCCGAGCUCUUGGUGAUAGCGACUCCUACGGCGGGUGGCUCGUACGUGGCGUACCUCUCAAGCCUCAUGUCCAAGCACCCGUUGUGGAACGCGACCCUCGUAAACGCCGCCAGUCCGCCCUCGCCGCAGCUUCUUCCUCGUCCUCUUCCUCUUCCAUCUCCCCUAUCGAUCCGCCAGGCCGCCCGAUCAUAGACUUACGCGAUAUACGCCCCUCGUGGGCCGAGUACAACGGGAACCACUCCGUUCAGCGCCGCGAGUCGUCUCGUGCAAACAACGGGUGGCCAAACCGCGAGAGUGACCGCGGCAUCCGCAGCACGUCGUCCUCUGCCGCAGGCGACGCAUCAGAGAGGCGCACAAUGACGCUUCGCCAGCGCCUGAACAGCGAGUGGUUCGGGAACACGAAAGCACCUGAAGAAAAGCCAAACAUCGACAGCCCUCCGCAACCUGAGGACCCCCAACCCGUCUUACACACUCCUCAGUCUCUGUCUCUCGCCGACCUCUUUCCCUCGGGGCCCGCGUCGCCGUCGGUCGCGGAGCGUGACGCUGCGUACGCCACCGAUCUUUUACGCAGGAUUGAUCACUCGGGAGUUGAUCUAAUGGAGCGGCUCGAGCUCGAGGACAUUGGUGACAGGCAGGUACAGUCACCCGUGUAUCCCAAUGAAUCUACUCCCGCCCCCGCACCAGCAGGUUCGGCAGCCAACGCACAAGCCACCACUACACCUGUCCCAGACGAGUCACCUUCUCCUCCAGCAACGCACUCUCCACCUGCACAGCAUUUCCCUCUCAACCCCAACUCUCCUAUUACUCAGUCGUCCCAACUCGCGCAGCCACCAGAACCAAUGUGGCGCUCCGGACCCCCGCAGGUGUCGGGUCACGUUCCUCUAGCACCACCAGCACUUGACAACAAUGGCCAACUAGGCCAAUCCAGCCAGAGCAAGUCGCCUUCCGAACAGGCCAACGCGCGCCCGUGGUCCUCUGCAAGCGUUUCAGAGUCGCUCUCAGGAGCGCCUCCCCCACCCACCUCGCCACCCGCACGUCCACCAACACGUCUGCCAGUGCCCCAGGUCACUAUCCAUGCUCAGCCUCCUGUCGCUACCACUAGGACUCAGCCUCCCAUGCCAUCUUUUGUUGUGGGCCCUGCUCCGCCACUUCCAGCGAUUACCCACCCCUCGACGCCCGCCUCGCCGCAAGCGCCACCGCAUACGGCACUUUCUGUGCUAGCCCCAGCUCCAAACCUGCCUGCACCAAACCCGACGGUGCGGACUCCAACUGUGAAUGCCUCUGACUCGUUCCCCAAGUCGAACAAUCCGACGGGCGUACUGGCCCAACACCAGCCCCUGCCCCUCGACUUUUACGUUGACGACAGAGAAGGGAAGGGUAAGGGUAUUCAAGCUCUAAUCACGGGCCAAGGCGGCGGCGUCCUCCUGCCUCCUAGUCAAGCACGCUUCGUGAUCCUACAGCUCGACAAGGGCCAACCCCCAGCAAACCAGCGCGAGCGUGACCUGGUAGCCAAGAAGGGUGUCCAUCCGUGCGCGCUAGUCCUAUCGCGGACAUGGGUGGUCGACUGUGUCGUUUUCCAAGCGCAACUUCUCGAUCCGAUGCCCUACCUUGUUCCGAGCGGCUCUCCUUCUGCCGCAGGACGCACGCGCUCCCUCUCAACCGCAUCGAUAGACACGCCACAAGGCCGCAAGCGUGCGCGCAUCCUCCCUGCUCCUGAGCCAGAUCCCGAGCCCGAGCUCUAG